AUGGAGCAUUUAUCGGUUGAAUUAAAUACUUUACCAGAUGAAAUUCUUAUGAUUAUUUUAAAAAAAUUAUUGAAGGUCGAAGUACUAUAUUCUUUAAUAGGUGUUAAUAAACGACUUAAUAAAAUAGUACGUGAUUCAAUUUUUACAAAUCGUUUGACAUUGAUGAUAUAUUCCUCGGAUGAUUUCAUCUAUCCAUUAUCUGAUCCAAUGCUUGAUCGAUUUUGUUUAAAAAUUUUACCAGAAAUUCAUCAUCAAAUCAAAUGGCUUAAUCUUGAAUCAUCAUCUAUGAAACGUAUAGUUCGUGCUACAAAUUAUCCGAAUUUAUAUGGAUUUGGUUUAUUUAAUCUCAACGUAGAAACAACACUAUCUCUUUUUACUGAAUUACACGUCACUUUGAAAACUUUCAAUGAUUGCCUUUAUUUACUUGAUGGACGUUUCAAUCGACUUCAUACACUUCAUGUUGAUGUUUCUACGAUUCACUGUUCAGAUCUAACAAUUAGUAAUAAGGAAAAACUACCUAAUUUAAAAUGUUUUUCGUUACAUUGUAAUAUGAAUACGCAUGAUUAUGAUGAAUUCAUUGUACCACUUUUGCAGCGAAUGUCAAAUUUAGAAAAACUCGAUUUGUACCUGAUAGUUUGUGGUAAACAAACAUUUGUUGAUGGCAAUGAGCUGAAAAAAAAUAUUAUCAAUCAUAUGUCACAAUUAAAUAAAUUUUCGUUUAACAUUCGUACUAUUAUUCAUCUUCAUAAUCAAAUCAAUUUACCAUCAAAUCAAGAUAUUCAACAUACAUUUAAAGAUUUUCAAUAUAAUCAAAUUGUUUCUUGUGUUGAUUAUUUUCCAAUGGCUGAAAAAGGUCAAUGUCUUAUUUAUUCAUAUCCUUAUAGGCUGAAACAUUACGAUAAAAUAACAAAUAAUUUUUCUAAUGGAUUCUUUGAACAUGUCAAUGAAAUAACAUUAUUUGAUGAACAUCCUUUCGAACAUGAAUUUUUUCUUCGAAUUGCUCAAUCAUUUCCAUUUAUAAAAAGUUUAACUUUAUUCAAUAACAAGCCGCAAACGAAGAAAUUAUAUAGCCGAUCGAAGAAGAAUAGUCAAGAUUUACCAAUCAUUAAAUAUCCUCAUCUGGUUAAACUUAAUCUUAUUGAAGCUCACAAUGAUUAUAUUGAACAAUUUCUAAUUGAUUGGAAAAUAUCUUUAACGAAUAUUAUUCGUUUUUCUGUGUGUUAUCGACCAUUGAGAGAGGUAACACGAAAUUUUACAAGAAAUACAACACGAAUCAAUUGUACAAAACUAAUUCCUUCAUGUCUACAUGGUGAUAAUUGUUUGCCUCAACAUGUAAAAGACUAUUUUCCUUGUUUAUGA